GCCAUACCCAAAAUUCUGAUCUUUUAAUCUCGAUCAGCCACAAUUAAAACAAAUAUUGCCGUACAAGUCGUCUAUCCCUUUGCAUAAAAACAUAUGGCUUUGCUAUAAAAAUGAUGACGGGAAAACACUGACCCAUUAAUAGCCUGCGGACUGAUUUAUACUUUAUUGUUCUGCUGCCCGGCCAUGUGACGCGAGGCAGCCAAUGGGCUGACAGGCAGCCUUCAACUUAUUAGGUGACUGUACUUCUUCGUGAGGACCAAGUUGUUACAUGAAAUCUGCAGUUUCAUAAUUUCGCCAGGUCUUGCCUCUCCUUUUUUUGCACUGGGGCUGGGGCUGGGGCUUGGCUUGGAUGGCUAUGUCUUCUUCGGGGACGCUCAGCAACUACUACGUGGACUCUUUCCUCAUCCACGACAGCGAGGAGCUGGUGCAGUCCCGCUAUGGCUCGGCUUCUCUAGGUCAGCCGGCCAGGCAGGCGACCCUUGGAGACCACCCCGAGUUCACCCCGUGCAGCUUUCAGUCGAAAACCUCCGUCUUCAGCACUUCCUGGAACGCCGUGCACCCGCCGAGCGCUAACAAUGUGCCCACCGUGUACCACCCGUACGUGCAUCACCAGGCACCAAUGGCAGCGCCCGACGGCAGGUACAUGCGCUCGUGGCUGGAGCCCAUGCCGGGCUCCUUGUCUUUCCCGGGCUUGCCGGCCAGCAGGCAUUACGGCAUUAAACCUGAACCGCUCACGGCCAGGAGGGGUGACUGUACCACCUUUGACACGCACGCUCUCUCUCUGACUGACUAUGCUUGUGGUUCUCCUCCAGCUGAUAGGGAUAAGCAAGGCAACGACGGCGCGUUCUCGGAAAACAAUGGCGAGAGCGAGGCGAACGGAGACAAGCCCCAGAUCGACCCAAACAACCCGGCCGCGAACUGGUUGCACGCGAGAUCCACUCGGAAAAAACGGUGCCCUUACACCAAGCACCAGACGCUGGAGCUGGAGAAGGAGUUUUUGUUCAACAUGUAUCUCACCAGGGACCGACGGUACGAAGUGGCCCGGCUCCUGAAUUUAACCGAGAGACAAGUGAAAAUCUGGUUUCAGAACCGGAGGAUGAAAAUGAAGAAAAUCAACAAAGACCGAGCGAAGGAUGAAUGAUGCUCGGCUUCCAGGUUUAAUCACGUUUCAAACAGCAAAAAUCUCCCCUUCCAGCGCAACGCAACACAAUCCUCCCCUCUUCUGUUCCCAGCAUACCCCGAGACUGUGUCCAGGCCUCCUGUGUUGUUGUCGUUAUUAUUAUUAUUAUUAAUAUUAUUUGGGGUUUCCCACCCCGUGGGGUUGUUGCUGUUGUUUUGUCCUUGGCCAAUUCAGCUCUUGAAUGUAUCUCGCCAGCGUGCAGGGAGAUAUGGCUGUGCCCCGGUGCUAUUAUGGAGGUACCCAGAUUUAUCAUUUUCUAAUCAUAGGAAAGGAAAGGGGGGCAUUAAACUCGGAAGGCUGAUCUGUUGGCUUGUCUAAAUCUACCUGUCCUUCACGAAAGAAAGAAAGAAAAAAAGAAAGAAAGAAACUACCUUUUUAAUGCACAAUUCUUUACAGACUGUAUAGGUUAGUCGACGUAGUUAAUUUUAUUUGCUCUUUGCGCGGCAGAGAGAGGUCUGCUCUAAUACUUGAACACUGUGUUUUAUUGUGGUAAUUAUAUUUGUGACUCAAUUUUUUGUGCUUGGGUGCUGUACCAGAUGUGAUUGUGUAAGCUAGGAUUCAAUUUGAACUCAGGUUGUUUAUUAUAAAGGUUGCAUAGAGUAUAGCUCGGUAGUGUAAGGAGUCCUUUUUUUCUGUAUCAUUAUUAGACAAUGAACCUUGGAUUGUACCGGGGGGAAACCAAUUCGUUCGCUCUCUUUCUAUCCCAGCUUUUAAACACAAAAGUGGGGGACAUGAUCUGGGAUAGCCAAGGACUUGUGGACCUCCCAGUUCUUUUGAAGCAAGUAAUUUUCGUAUGCACACUUGAUCGAUCGAUCUAUCUAUAUAUAUAUAGUACAGUCUUCGUCAGUUGUAUAUAUCAUAAUCUAUAUAUUAAAGAAAGAAACCCUUAAUAAUCAGGCUAGCUUGAAUCUUGUUUUUGCACCCGUGAGCAAUUUUCAGAUAACGGAGCUAUACCUAUAUGUGAAAAAGAAGGUAACUACCUAUGGUUUACGUUUUGAGUUUAAUCGAAUUUAAUUGAUUCUUAUUGUAAUGAAGUUUAAUUUUAUUGAUAAUAAAUUAUACACUCUAAAAAAACCUA